UAUUAAAAAUUUAAUUUGAAAAAAAAAUUCACUGAAUAAUGAUGGGUUGGGAGAGUUUUCUUAAAUAUGGACCUUACUUAAUUAGUGCAAUGGUGAUUCUGUUUACUUAUUAUUUCUUGAAAAACCGUGGACUUCCCCCAGGACCCUUUAGAUGGCCCUAUAUUGCUGCCAUUUCAAAUGACAAGAAGUUGAUGAUUUUUCUGAGGAAUUUGGAGAGGAAAUAUGGCAGUAUAUUUCGGUUUAGAGUAGGAGCUCAUCAUGUAACUGUGGUUGGUGGUCUUGAAAAUAUUAAACAAGUCCUGGAACAGGGUUCACUGCAGCCUUACCGACACUGGUCAACGUAUAUCACGCCGUCACAGCCUUCCCAAGGCUCUUCAUUGGGAAACGCCGAGCUUUGGAGAAUUUUCGAAAAAUUGACCGAGGAGACGGUGGAUAACUUUUUAAAGGAGAAGUCUUCUAUAGAGAUGACGAUUUUAGAGGAGAUCCGAUUCCUUCACUCGGAGCUUUCAGCAGAGAAAUGUCGCCAAUUCAGCAUGUUGACUAUUAUCACAGAGGCUGUGUACAACAUUGUAUCAGCUAUUACAAUUGGAGAAAGACUCGAGUUUGACCGACCCUCGUGUAGACGUUUUAAAGAAUGUCUCCAAGAGAUUUCCAAAAGUGGCAAUUUUGGUAUACCGGAGAAUGGUUUCAGUGUACUACAACUUCUCUCUUCUAAUAAGGUUUCAAAAUGUCGAGAUUCCGUCAAGUAUGUACAAGAGUUCCUGGAACCCAGAUUAACAAAUCAUAAAACAUCUCUGAUUAAAAAAGAGCUCCCGGAUUUUGUUGAUGUUUGCCUGAAGUACAACGCUACAGAGGGGAAAGUUGUCAACGAUGAAGGCAUUCUUCAGGGGGUGAUUAAUCUUUUUGUCUCUGGAUGUGAACCCACCGUUAGCGUGGUGAUGUGGACAUUUUUGAUGUUGAUACGAUAUCCUGAACUUCAGAAAAAGUGCCGCCAUGUCAUUAAGCUGCAGAUAAGGGAUGAUGGAUGUGUUUCCUGGGGUGACCGAGAGAAGCUCCCGUUUAUCCUAGCGACAAUACAAGAAGCACAGAGAUUUUCUAACCCAGUUCCAUAUGGAUACCCAUAUGAAGUUUCAUCGGAAUCGGAGGUUGGGGGUUACAGAGUGCCAAGCGGAGACCUACUUUUGCUAAACUUACGAUCUUGUCACAUGGAUUAUACGUACUGGAAACGCCCCUCGGAAUUUCGACCGGAAAACUUCACGGAUUCUGAUGGAAAACUUAUCCGUCAUGAAGGAUUCUUGCCGUAUGGACUGGGGCAUCGAAUGACUAAGUUUAACAGUUUCAUGGACCAAAUUUUGUUUCUUAUUAUUGCGAAUAUAAUCAACAAAUUUGACCUCCGAGCACCGGAAGAUAAUCCAAAUCCUUCGCUUACAGCAGAGGACGGCUUAAUAAGAUACCCCAAACCUUACCAAGUGGUACCAUACCCCACAAAAGAGGGUGAUUAAAUUCCUCUGUUAAGACGUCACAGUUGUGUUAAUUUUGAGCUACAAUUGCUUACUUAGUGUUAUGUACAGACACACUGGUGCGUGUUUGAAACAUGGUUUGUAAGUUGAAACAUGACAGAAAGUUUUCAAUUUCUUGCUCUGUUGCAUUAAUUUGCAGUCGAUACCUCUUCUGUAAAUUAUUGUUCUGACAAGAGCAGUUGGUGCAUGUAUUAAAAAGUAAAAUUAAAAAGGAAGAUGAUGUUUCUUGUCUGUGCUGUUUUUGCCAAUUUAGUGUCUGGUUGUUAAUAGUAAUUGUUUACAAAAGGUUUAGGUGCGAACGUGCUCUGUAUCUGUAACUGACUGUUUGACAAGACUAAUGUUUACAAGACAAAGUUGAUAAUAUCCUGUAACAACCUCGCAUGUAUUAAUUUGAAUAGAAAUAUUAUUAAAACUUCAAAGAAA